UCUGAAGUCAUUACCUUCCUACAUACGAUCAUGGCUUCUGCUUCUCUUAGAAGUGCUUUUUUUACCUUUAUUCUGAUCUCUACCUUUUUUUGGGUUUCCCACGUCAAAGUAUCCGAGGCACAAGCCAAACCUCCUAUAGUGAAGGGACUAUCAUGGACCUUCUACGAUUCAAGCUGCCCUAAGCUUGAGUCUAUCAUCAGAAAAGAGCUCAAGAAGAUCUUUAACAAAGACAUAGGUCAAGCUGCUGGCUUGCUUCGCGUUCACUUCCAUGAUUGCUUUGUUCAGGGUUGUGAUGCGUCGGUUUUAUUAGAAGGAUCAGCAAGUGGGCCAAGUGAGCAAGAUGCACCACCAAACUUGACUUUGAGGGCCUCAGCCUUUAAGAUCAUAGAAGACCUUCGUAGUCGUGUAGAGAAGAGAUGUGGAAGAGUCGUUUCUUGUGCCGACAUCACUGCCCUUGCUGCACGUGAUGCUGUUUUCCUCUCAGGAGGACCAGAAUAUGAAAUUCCCUUGGGAAGAAAAGAUGGAUUAACCUUUGCCACAAGGAAUGUCACAUUGGAUAACCUUCCAUCACCCACAAGCAACACCACUACCAUUCUAAAUUCUCUAGCUACCAAAAAUCUCAACCCCACUGAUGUAGUAGCCCUCUCAGGUGGCCACACCAUAGGCAUAGGCCACUGCAGCUCUUUCACAAAAAGACUCUACCCAAGUCAAGACCCUGUCAUGGACAAAACCUUUGGAAAAAAUCUAAGACUAACUUGCCCCACUAACAACACAGACAACACCACAGUGCUGGACAUUCGAAGCCCCAACAAGUUUGAUAACAAGUACUAUGUUGACCUUAUGAACCGCCAGGGACUGUUCACCUCAGACCAAGACUUGUACACUGAUAAGAGGACCAAGGAUAUUGUAACCAGCUUUGCUGUGAACCAGAGUUUGUUUUUUGACAAGUUUGUGACUGCCAUGCUCAAAAUGGGUCAGCUUAAAGUGUUGACUGGAACUAAAGGGGAGAUUCGUGCCAAUUGCUCCGUGAGGAAUACAGAUAACAAAUCCUUCUUGACAUCCAUAGUGGAAGAUGUCGUUGAAGAAUUGAUAGAAAUGUAACCCUGUUUUCUCCAAGUGAAAGUUUUUCACUUGCAUGCUUAUAAAGUCAGGCAGUUUGAAAAAAUAAAAGCUUGCACUGUAUUUAUAUGUUUUGUGAAAUAUGUUAAUAAAAGUUUGGAAUUAUAAAUGUGGUUAAAUAAGUCCGAGU